CUCUGUCUAUGGUAAAUUUUGUUUGCACAUUGCGUAAUAUUGCGCAAUUUAAUUGAUCGUCUUGGAAGCGCCCAACAAAAAUCCACGAAUGAAGUGAAGUUUGUAACAAAUUGUUUAAGUGUAGGAGUGAAAUAGCAAAACACCGCUAUCGGCUGACUGGUUCAGACAUGUUGUGGCUUGUAUUUGUAUUAUCAUUAGUUUCGUUCGGUCUCCUUUCAGCGACAGUCACGGAAAGUUAUUCUUCGGUGCCCAUUGAAGAUAAACAGAUUUCAGACUCGAUGGCUGAGCAAGAUGACUGGGUCGACCUGCAUAGACCAUAUGUGGUUAAUAUGGAGGAUGAAGAACGGCGUGAGAAGGAAAUGCGAAAGAGAAAUAUGUACCUUCCGGAGAAAGCGCUGUCCGCGUACGACUUUUUUGCGAAAGAAGAGCGUUUGAAAUUGAAGGAGAAAAACUCAAACUACUCUACGGAGGAACUGGAUAAAGAGAUAGAUAAGCUAUGGAAAGAAGCCGACUUUGAAACUAAGGCCAAGUACGGCCGUUUAGCGGGGAUAGAUAAGGCUAGAUAUCUUAGGGAAUAUGAGUCGUACGUCUACACGAAGUAUGACCUUGAAUUUGACGACGAGGGCAACUUGAUUGAAGACUGUGACUUGGCUACCGACGAGGUACAGCCAGGUACCUCUGAAGAGAAGCAGAAUUCCCCCGAGAUGGCUGGCCAAGACUAUUCCGUAGACCUGCAUAGACAGAACCGCAUAGACGAGCCUGAUGAUGCACCAGUCUGCGAGAGUAAGCGACGAAAGAGGGACCCAGACAUGCCGAAGCGACCUCUAUCAGCGUUCUUUUGGUUCACCAAUGAAGAGCGUUCUAAAGUAAAAGCCAGCUAUCCAGAUUAUAAUGUAAGCGAAAUAGCUAAGGAGCUGGGUAAACGUUGGGGGGAGGCCGACCCUGAAACUAAGGCCAAGUUCGAGCGCAUAGCAGAGCACGAUAAAAAGAGAUAUGAACAGGAACUGGAGAUGGUUAAGAAAUAUCUAAACGUGGAAGAGGACGGCGACUUUGAGGCUAAAGAUGCUGACGACGACAGCGACUUUCAUGGAGACGGAGGGGGGACAUCGACUUCCAAUCGAUAAAGGUGCCGCGAAAACCAUUGAGGGCAACAUCAUUAUAACAGAUUUCAUAGAUAUCAAUGGGAUAGAACUAGCCCGGUUGAGCAGUCAACAGCCUCCUAGGCUGAACUGC